AUGCUCGGUUUGCAUGUGAGCUGUGGAUUGGUGGACCUGAAGUGGCGACUCCAAGGUGUUCUUGACAGACGCAGACGACCGAGGAGCAACUUCGUCUACUGCGAGGCUGUCCACCGUUUCGUGGACGAUGCAUUUCCUCCAAGCAAAGCAUCGCUGGGCCCAGCCCGACGGUUGCCUCCGGUGGACAUCGCAUGGACUCGUGUGAGCAACAUUCGCGGGCAAGGCCGAAUAACCCUCUUCGGGCACUCCGCCACCGGCUCCUCCCGAGAGUAUUCGAGCAACGUGCGGCAAGGCUCCCUGGGCAACUGCUGGCUCAUUGGGGCCUUGGCCUGUGUCGCAGAUUUCCCGGGUCACGUAGAAAUGCUGCUUGAACCUUCAACUCUGUCAGCAGAUGGGCGGUAUGUGGUUCAGCUUUACCACACCGAGUCCGGUUGGCGAGCGAUUGAGAUCGAUGAUCUGGUGCCCUGCUUCUCCUUACCUUUCUGGGCCGGCCCUGGCACCUUCCUUGCAGGGGACAAGCCCUGCUUUUCACAACCGGUGGAAGGCGAAGUCUGGUCGCUGCUCAUGGAGAAAGCCUUUGCCAAGCUGGCUGGGUCCUACGGCGCUUUGGAAGGCGGGGUGCCCGAGCUCGCCUUCCAAGCGCUGACGGGGCAACGCGAGCAACUGCGGUGGCAGCGGGAAGGAGCGCAGUGGAGGAAGCUUCGUUUCAAGACGCCCAUUUGGUCGAAAUCACAUGUCAAAGGUGCCGCACUGGAAAUCACGAACCGGACGCUUCCUCUAGAGCAGUUCUUUCUACGCCUGGCAUACUACGAACAGGCGAACUUCCUCCUAGCUGCUUCCAUAUCCAAAGGGGGCAUGACUGAACGACGCCGGGAGGAUGGCCUCAUCGAAGGCCAUGCAUAUUCAGUGUUGGAGAUUCAAGAAGUACAUGGCUUGCGAUUUGUUCGGCUCCGUAAUCCAUGGGGCAAGGAAGAGUGGAAGGGUCGGUGGUCGCGAGGGUCCGAUGCUUGGAAGCUCCACUCUCAUGUUGCACAAGACAUAUGCCAACGUGGCGGGCAUAGGCUAGACAGUGGACAGCAGGAUGGAUCUUUUUGGAUUCUCUUCGACGACUUCGCCGCCUGCUUCGAUUCUGUCAACGUGUGCCCUGCCACCAUGCCAGUGCCGAAAGCCUCGCGCUAUGCGAAGUCCAAGAAGCGGAGCCAUGCACCGGUCUGUGGGCGCUGCGGUCAGCCGGUGGAGAGUUGUUGGCUCCUCGUUCGUGGCCACGGCACUCAGCCCAUCUCCUCCGCCGGUGCACCGGCAGGUCUCGGCUGGGUGCGUCUUGCCGAUGGCGACCUCUGCCAGCUCUGCCUCCGUGCGACCUCGCCGCAGCGACGUGCCUUCUGGCAGGGUGCUCCGAGUGCUCCGAGUGCUGGAAGCGGCGGCAUGGCAGGAAUCCGAGAAGUUGAGCUGACUCGGCGUGUACCGGGUAUUGACUACUUUCCCUUCGAAGCUGGAGCUGGGUGCUCUCCCCCUCUGAAGAGACCUCAGUGUGACCUGGGGCCCGGAUGCACGCAGCACAGCCCGGCGCACUUCGCAAGCUACGAUCAUCCGUGGAUGAAGCCAGGGCCCGAACUUGUCUUGCCAAGCAGGCAUGCGGAUGGCGAUGCUUGGAAACUCAGCCAAGAAGAUCCAGGUGCACUGCAGUUCGUUCGUGCCUGGCGCGUCUACAUCUUCCGCACCAUCUUCGUCAUGAUCCGAAGCAAGGCAAUCCUCGUCCAGGCGGUUGUUCGCAGGUACCUGGCACGUGUCCACCUCUGGAACCGCAUGAAGCCCGGGCAGCGGAAGCGCAGCCGACUCUUCCGGGCCUACAUCGCCGCCCACCCCGGGGCCGCCACGGAAGACGGCGAGGUGGACUCGGAGGACGAGCGGGAGGCUGAAGCUGAGCGACAGAGGCUGGAGAAGCUGCGGGUCUCGCGGGAGGAGCAGGAGCGGCAGCGGCGGGAGCAGGAGCAGCGCGAGAAGGAGGAACAGGAGCGGUUGCAGAGAGAGGAGGAGGAAGAGAGGAGGCGACUGGAGGAAGAGAAGAUCCGCCUUGCCAAGGAGGCCGAGGAGCGUCGACUGGAAGAGGAGCGACAGAAGCUGGAGCAGGCGAAGCUCGCAGCCGCCGAGGAAGAGCGGAAACGAGCCGAGGACCUCCGGCAGGAGGCGGAGAAGGUGUGGCAGGAGGAGAAAGCAGCCAUACAGAAGCAGCACAACGAGGAGCUGCGCCAGCUCCGGUCGCAGCUCACCUCGGCCAAAGAUGCUGAGGAGCAGCUGCAGACGCAGCAUGAAGUUGAGGUGGCCAAGUUCAAGCAGGAUGCCGAGACCCAGGGAGCUGAUCUCCAGCGGCAGGCCAGUGAGUUCCAGCGGAGCGAGGCACAGCUCAAGGAGCACUGGGGGCUGGGGCCUGGCCUGCUUUUCUUCGGGCUGGUGAUCGCGUCAUUCGUCGGACAGCAAUCCAUGCAGCACAUGGCCAAGAGAGGGGAAGACAGGCGAAUGCGCCAGACGUGGUCACAAGCAAAAGUUCAUUCCUUGGGAUGUGGCUCCCUGCGGCUCAAGCAGUCAUUAUAG